AUGACGACUCCAAAUCUAUCUUUUUUUAUAUGGUGCGAUGGCCGUAUUGUAAGUUCUCCGUGUGGAGUAAAAUAUCAUGGCGGUCAUCCGGUUAAUAUGGCACUUAGUGAGAGAAUGAAUUUGGAAGAAUUACAAUAUAUUUGUAAAAGGGCAGUUUCUACAGACUCCGAAGUAGAAAUUACAAAAAUCUACUUCCGGCUUCCAAGAAUUGAAGGGGGUGUGACACGCUCGUACUCGUUGUUUUAUGUGGAGAAUAAUGAGCAUUUGUUUGGAAUUUUGAACGAAGCUAUAAGGUUUCCGCAACUGGAUAUUUUGGAAUUGUACGUGGAGUACGAGACUUUACUGGACCAGUUGGUUUCAAGUAUUUCCAGCGGGUUGGAGAGGAGUAGCGAUGAAGAGGAAGAACAGGAUUUCUAUGACAGCAACGAAGAGGAUGUCGGGAAAGAUUCAUGGGUGGAUUUUUGCGACUUUGACGUUGCCUCGGAGGCUGAUGAAAAUAUUAUGUGGAAUCCUAGGAUGGAGUUCCAAGAAGGGAUGGACUUCCCAAAUCGUGAUGCCAUUCAAUCUUGUGCGACUUCUUAUUCAGUCGUUGUGGGAAGGGAGCACAAGAGUCACCAGACUACCAACACGAUAAUAGUGUUGGUUUGUAGGCACAACGAAAUCUGCAGAUGGUGGUUGCACGCUACACUUUUACAAAUAAAUCAGACGUGGACGUUGACAAGAUAUAAUGGGCCACACACUUGCAAUCAGCUGUUACCUUAUCCUAACCAUCGAAACUUUGGGUCUGGUCCGAUCGCAAACUAUAUCAAAACUCAGGUAAUGUAG